AUGGACUCAUCAAACUGUCUAGUGCUUGAAGCCCUUGGCAGAAGCCUGUAUCUUGGCACACUCUACAACGCAUGCAGUGACACCUUGGUUCCAGGAAUGUCUCUCUGGAGUAAUGAGGUCAUUCAAAAAGAAACAAAAGUUAACCCUCAGCCUAACACCAGUUUUCAGGUGGCAGCUUCUGAAUCCAUCAGUGAGAAGAUCAAACUGUUGGAUGUGAGUGCUUCCGUGAAGGCCAGCUUCUUUGCUGGGCUGGUUGAGGUUGGGGGUUCUGCACAUUAUCUAAAUGAGAAGACAUCUUCCAAACUCCAGUGCCGAGUCACCAUGCAGCACCAGGUGAACACUGUGUUUAAGGAGCUCAUGUUCUCAGAACUGACAGUCCAGUAUCCUGAUGUCUUUAAAGCGAAGGAGGCCACACAUGUAGUGACCGGAGUGCUCUAUGGGGCCAACGCUAUCCUGGAGUUUCAAGAUACAGCCUCAGAUGCUUCAGAAAAGCAGACAAUCCAAGGCAGCCUGAAUGUGAUGAUCAAGAAGAUUCCCUUAAUAGAGAUAUCAGCAGAGGGAAAGGUUGAUCUGGAUGAUGCAGACAAGGAGAAAGUGAAGCAUUUCAGCUGCAAGUUCUAUGGUGACUACAGGUUAAAACAGAACCCUACCACAUAUGAGGAAGCUGUCUUGUUGUACAAAGAUCUGCCCAAUCUGCUUGGUAAGGAUGGAGAACUUGCAGUGCCUUUGAAAGUGUGGCUGUACCCACUGAAGAAUCUGAAUGACACUGCUCUCCAACUGAAGCACGUGAUCUCAGAGUCUUUAAUAUCUCAGGUGGAGAAAAUGAUGGAUGAUCUCCACCAGGCAGAGAUGAGAGCCAAUGACCUGCUGGAGAUCAGUAAGACCAUUAAGGCCAGCGACAUCUGUGACAAACUGGAGCUGUUCAACAGCAGACUGAAGGAUUUCACCACAGUGUUUUCACAGAAACUGGCUGAACUCCUGCCCACCAUCAGAGAGGGCACUGCAGAGGAAACAGCCCUGACUGACCUUCUCAAGUCCCAGCAUGCAUCUGGUUUUAACAGGAGUGAAAUUGAUCAAUGGUUGGAUGGGAAAGAGACUGAGAUUGGAAUCAUCAAAUCUUACAUUGCUGACCUGAAGUUAGAAAUUAAAACUCCAGGUCCAGAGCUUGAUACAUUUCUCAUGCAGCCAGAUGUGACUGACGUCUUUAUGUUCAGUUUCACUUCUCUAAAAUACGAGGAGCCGUACCUGAACAAAAUCACCAAGACAACUGAAGACCUGAGGAGGGGUAUCAACAUUAGCACCUGUGUCCAAAACCUGUCUGAAAAAACACUGUGGUACUCAACACCAGAGGUCAGGGGUGUCCUCCUGUCCUCUCUGAAGAUCAUUCAAGGGUUUACUUUUGGCCUUUCAAUAGUCACUUAUGUCUCAGACCCAGAACACCCUGGAGCUUCAGUUCGCUGGUAUCACAAUGGCAUUUGUAGGGAUCCCCAUGUGACCGACAUCCCCUUCAGAAAAGAUGCCAUUGUACUCACACUGGAGCCAAACACAGCACACAAUAGACUUCUUCUGUCUGAGGGGAACCGAAAGGUGACACACGGAGAGGAUCAGUCGUAUCCAGACAAUCCGGAGAGAUUUGAUUACUGGCAGCAGGUGCUGUGUAAAGAAAGUCUGACUGAACACUGUUACUGGGAGGCUGAGCGCAGUGGCGAGGGACUCACUAUAGCAGUGACAUAUAAAGGAAUAGGCAGGAAAGGAGAGAGUAAUGCAUAUCGUUACGAGCUCACGCUGGACCCAAACACAGCACACAAAAGCCUCUGUCUGUCUGACGCGAACAAAACGGCGACGCGGGGCGACACACAGCGGUACCGAGACAACUCGAAGAGGUUCCAGUACUGGGAGCAGGUGCUGUGUAAAGAGAAACUGACUGGGCGCUGUUACUGGGAGGUGGAGUGGAGCGGAAUGGGAGCCGCUGUGGGCGUGGCGUAUAAAGGAAUCACCCGGAGCGACACGAAGAUCGGCCACAAUGACAAGUCCUGGUGUGUGAACUGUGGGGACGGCAGUUUCGGCGGGAACAGUUUCACCGCAUGGCACAAUUAUAAGUUCGUCAGCGCGCCCGCGCCGGCCUUUUACUCCCGCAGGGUCGGGGUGUUUCUAGAUUAUCAGGCUGGCACCCUGUCCUUCUACAGCGUGUGCCCUGACACACACACACUCACACACGUGCACACAUUCCACGCCAAAUUCAAAGAGCCCCUCUAUGCAGGGUUCUGGGUUCUAGAGACAGUCUCACUGGUCUAG